GGCAACAACCCCGGCAUUUCUGCGAAAUCUUAAUAGGCUUCUACUUACUGCAAGAUAUCAGGUCUGUAUUUCAAGUAAGCUUUUUUCUAGGACGCUAAAUUCUACAAUGUAUCGCUGAAUGUAUCAAAACAAGUAUCAAAAUUUGUAAAAACUUCAAAUUAAACGAAGGAAACAUUGUGACAAGUUAAUAUUGUUUAUUCAACGUUUAUACCAAAUUCAUUGUCAAAAUUGAAAUAAAUUGACAUGUAAACCCGGUAGAAUUUGUAGUACUUUUUAAAUUAGACUGAUACUGAAAGGCGCAGCGAAAUGAACCUUUUUGGAGCAGAGGAAGCGUGCGAGCCCAGCAUGGGUUCGGCUCCCCGGCUGCACUGCAGAAGCGGCGAGCCAGGAGUGAGGGUGUGCGGGUGUCGGCUCUGCAUCCUCGGGUCCAGACUCUCCAGCACAGCGGAGUGGUUUCUGCGGGCCGGGGACGCGCCGAAGAGGCGCUUUCUCACUGGUUUACUUCUUCGCUGUCAGAGCCUGGAUAUUGUGCGAAACGUCGCACAGCUGUUACAGGUAACUCUGGGCAAAGACUUUACCUACGCCAGGUGCCAGCAAAGGCCGGCUCCGUCGGCGGACCUAGACGCUUGGAGUUCGGACCCAAGCGAAGUACUCAGCGGGGAAAUCAGGGAAACCUGGAAGUGGUUCAGCUGCAGCUCAAACUGGACCAAAGCGAAUUACGUUUUGGGAGUUUUCCCUCUCUGCGAUGUCAGUCUUCUUCACGUUCUGGGAAAUCUUACUCGGGCGCUUCUGGCAGGGCAAAGUCGAACUUUUCUCCAUCAUAACGUAAUUGUAGACAACCUUGAGGACCACGCUACUUCCAUCCCAGAAUCACAUCAUUCCUUCUACUCGGAUGAACACAAAGGGCUUGACCUACUCAUCCGUACCAGUUCCAACUUUGCACCACUGGAGUAUGCCUGGGACCUGGAACAGCAAAUAGAUUUCGCGCCAAAUCCUGCAGGGACCGAUGCCCUGAAGGAGGCGUCCCAGUCAGUCUCGGCGGUUCGGAGGCGUGAUUGGAGCCAGGAUGGCGAUGGGAACUCUCUGUAUUCCCCAGACAGCGCGCGCACGGCGUUCCUCAGGGCCUCGGAGCUGCUGUCUGGAGUCAGUCGCUACACGGAUUUUAUCCGUCGGCUGCCGGUGCACCUGGCCAAAAGGAUUUUAGCACUCUUGGACGAGCCCUCACUCUGCAGCUGCUUGUUUGUGUGCCGCCACUGGCAUUAUCUGGCUGAAGAGGUGCAGGUGGAGUCCACAGUCAGGCGGAAGAUGGAGAAUCUAGCGGUAACCAUGCAGGCCAAUUUCUGCUCAGGGCCCAAUCCAGUCUAUGCCAGAAUUCGGGAGGUUCUGGUUCCCGUCAUGGAGGAGGAAGAGCAGCUGCAGACCAGAGAGUGUGUUUCCAGAACCAGAACGGGUACAGCCUUCGAGUCGGUCUAUGCUGGGGUUGCGACCAGGGCACUGCAGAUGGAGGAGAGGAACGUCUACUGUGGCGUGUUCAGCGUCACUGUGCUGUCUGAGCAGUUGGGGGACGACCCUCUGCGAGUGGUGCAUUUCUGUGGAGGGAACCUGGUGGCCAUGGGUUCGAGGGACAAGGCAGUGCGGCUGUUGGACACGAAGACAGUGAAGCCAGUGAUGCGCCCCCUGUUGGGUCACACGGGGAGUGUCCGCGUCGUGCUGCUGAGUGAGGAGCGGGGACUCGUCCUCAGUGCGGGCUGCGACCUCACGAUCAGGUGCUGGAGCCUGCAGACUGGGCUGUGCAUGAAGGUGUACUUUGGUCACACUGGCACCGUAAACUGCCUGGAUCUGCAAGAAGACCUGCUGGUUUCUGGGGCCAAGGACUGCAAGGUGAAAGUGUGGAACCUUCACACUGGAAAGUGUUACAAAAAGCUGAAGUUCCAUCAUGACAAGCCCAUCCUGUGCGUGAAGAUCCAGAAGAACCUGGUGCUGAGUGGCUGUGAUCAGGGUCUGCUGAAGGUGGGGGACCUGGAGACAGCCACGAUCCUCCGGGCCAUCGCUGCCCACGAGGGCCCUCUCAGAUGCCUCUUCUGUGACCCAUGGCACAUCCUGUCCGGGGGUGGCGACGGACUGGUGAGGGCUUGGAGCACCAGCUGCGGGUUCGAGGGCAGCCUGAUGACCUUCCGGCAUCCUGCGGAGGUGCUGAGCCUGGCAUUCCUCUUCCUGCGUGUGAUCACUGGCUGUGGCGACGGUAAGAUCCGCAUCUUCAGCUUCCUGUCGGGGGAGUGCCUGAGGGUGAUCAGGGCUGGCAGGCAGCAGAUCCCAGUGCGCUCCCUGCAUGCGCACCCAGACAAAAUCGUUGUGAACACCAGCGCCACCUUGGUGCUGCUGAGGUUCGGCACGGUUCACUGGAACUACACUGCAGCAGUGACCUUGCCAGACGGCCCGGAGGCAUCCUGGAGGCCCGCAGUGCAGGAGGAUCCACACACCUUGGCGGGCACUUUCCGCCGCACCCGCCCCUGGGAGGGUAGUAAUGCGGCCAGAAGGGCGGCGCCACCUGCUCUGAGCGGUCGGCAGGUGCAAGGAGACAUAUUUGGGGCCCAGACGGAGUCCCCCAGUGAGGCCAGGAGAGAGAAUCAGGCUUAUUGCACCCAACUGCUGCUCAGGAGGCCAUGGGGAGGAUUGGGGUCAGGCAGCCCUGCGGGGGGCAGCCUCACAAGGGAUGCUGACACUGCUGGAUUUGCAAAGAAGUGGUACAGGCCAGUGAGGAGUGUCCCAUCUGGUGGUAAGAGGGCUGUCGUACAGGCGGCAAAGAUCUCCCAGCAUUCUCAGCGGCCCGAGCCACAGGCCCAAAACAUGGACAUGUGGGAAUCUCCACCCACUUUUUCCAGGAAGAACCUUGUGGUCAAAUCCUCAUUGCCACAGAAACUGUGCUUACCAGCGCCCCCUGCAGGGAUGGGCAUUGGAAUGAGCCAGACCGAAAUCCUGCAGCUCACCUGGACCCAGAUCCCCACACACAGCGGUGCAUCUACUCUGGUACCCCCCACCUCAAGGAAGGUGGGGCUUCCCCAACGACGCCAAACCGCACGCCAAGCCCCUCCAUCCCCCCACAACCACCCCAACACACAUGGAGCAGGUGGCCCAGCCCCCGCGUGGGGUUCCAGCUGCCUGAUGGCACGGAGCCCCCACCCCAGCGUGGUCCCACCCACUAGACCCCUUCUGACCCCUUCCGCCUAUCCACAGCCACACAGCUGGCGGAGGAGCAGGGGCUGUGGGUGCGAGCCCAGCGGGAGUAGGAGGUCCUCGGGACGAGGCGGGGCAGCACACAGUGGUGGGGAGCCUGAGCAGUGAGGGUGGGGGGCCCACCAUCCACCCAGAGCGUGCAGGAGGGCCAAGUGUACGUCAACGAACCGGGCCAUGUCGCUGCUGCCAUGUGUGUGUGUGUGUCUGUGUGUGUGUCUGUGUGUGUGUGUGUCUGUGUGUGUGUCUGUCUGUGUGUGUGUGUGUGAGUCUGUGUGUGUGUGUGUGCGUGUGUCUGUGUGAGUCUGUAUGAGUGUGUGUGUCCGUGUGUCUGUGUGAGAGUGUGUGAGAGUGUGUGAGAGUGUGUGUGAGUGUGUGUGAGUGUGUGUGAGUCUGUGAGUGUGUGUGAGAGUCUGUGUGUGUGAGUGUGUGUGUCUGUGUGCGUGUGUCUGUGUGAGUCUGUAUGAAUGUGUGUGUCCGUGUGUCUGUGUGAGUCUGUGUGAGUGUCUGUGUGAGUCUGUGUGUGUGAGUCUGUGUGAGUCUGUGAGUCUGUAUGAGUGUGUCUGUGUGAGUGUUUGUGUCCAUUUUUGUAACUAUUACCCAGUGGGGACCAGACUCCCCCACACUGUGAGAAAAACCUGGACAUUUUUUAUAACCUCAAUUUUAUAAAAAUCCGUGACUGUAAUAAAAAAACUACAAAUGGCAAAAGGCUUUUGUUUGGUUAUCUGGUUAAAUUUAGGGCUGGUUAGGGCUGGUUAGGGGUUAAGGGUGUCAUCGCUGGGGUUAGGGUUUCUCCCCACAGGUGUG